GGGAGCGAGAGAGGAGGGAGGGAGCAAUUCAUCCGCAGUGGGAAGUGGCCGCGAGGAAGGUAACUAAUAAAUAAGCUCAGGCCCCCCGGGAAGAGGAAGGAGGUGAGGAGAUAGCAGUACCCUAGGGAGCGCCCAGGAUGGAACGAGGAGAAGGGAGCGGGCGCGGUGGUCUCGUCGUGUCAAAGCCGGUCAGACCUCACCUGGCAGUCCUGCCGCCCCGGCCCUCCGUGGAAGCGCUCUUGCGGAGCAGCGAUUUGAGCCGCAGCCCCAUGGGCGUGGUGGCCAAUUUCCUAGCUGAGCAGGACCCCGACUCCAGCUCCAUUUCCUUCACCAGCCUCCUGCAAGGGGCGCUCGCCUCGCCAUCGCCCAAGAUCCUCUCGCGCUUCAAGUCGUCGCCACUCGACUCGCCGCUGCUGCUCUCUUCUUCGGCGCUGGCAGAGCCAUCUCCUACCACGGGUUUCCAUGUCGUCAAUCCCUUGGCAUGGCAUCCUCCGCCGUCUCCACUGCCACUGUCUCCUUUGGGAGGGGUGUCUCACGGCCAACUUCUGGCACAAGUCCAGUCGCACGCGCAAGUGUUGCAGCAGCAGCAGCAGCAGCAGCAGAAGCCAGCGGACAGCAACAAGCAGGAGGAGGAUGACGAGCACGGGGAGCAGCAAGACGAGGACACGAGCGUUGCUCUGGUGCCUGCUGCUCCUGCGGUGACAAGAGCAAGCGCAAGCGCAUCAACACCCGCUCCAGAGCACGACGGCUACAACUGGCGCAAGUAUGGGCAGAAGCAGGUCAAGGGGUGUGACAAUCCGCGGAGCUACUACCGCUGCACGCACCCGGACUGCUCCGCCAAGAAGCUGGUGGAGCGCUCCGUGUCUGGAGAAACGACGCAGAUUGUGUACAAAGGCGACCACAGCCACUCCAAGCCGCAGAUGAUCCGGAGGCUGGCGGUGACCCGCGUGCAACCGGACGACGGCAGCAAGAGGACUCUGGUGCUUGUGCCCGGCGGCGCCACCCCCACGCCUGCCCAGCGCCAUGCCAGCAACAGCAACAGCAGCGACGUGGAGGAGGAGGAGGAGGAGCAAGAGGCGGAGGACGGGGAGGAGCCGGAUGCCAAGCGCAGGAGACGGGACGGGAUGAAUGCCUCGAGCAGAAGCAGCGGCAGCGGCAGCCGCGAGGCACCCGUUGUGGUGCACACCAACAGCGAAGUGGACGUGCUCGACGACGGCUACCGCUGGAGAAAAUACGGGCAGAAGGUUGUCAAAGGCAAUCCCAACCCAAGGAGCUACUACAGGUGCACAAACCCGGGGUGCCCCGUGAGGAAGCAUGUGGAGAGAGCAGCGGACGAUCCAAAGGCAGUCAUCACCUCGUACGAAGGCAAGCACGACCACGACACACCCGCUGCCAGGGGCGGCGCCGCUUCCACGUCCACCACUAGCACAAAGCUCCUCCCUGCUCCUCCUCUCUCCGCCUAGAGUACGGUAGCCUAGCUUACGCCUAGACUAACCAGCAAAAAUGCAGCAACCUAACUCUGGGGGACAGUUUAUAUAAAGUGAAAACCCUAAACCUGGGCCGCCUGGGUUUUAAAA